UAUCGGGUUGGGUCGGGCCGUAUCUUCGUCUGCAUACACACACACACGCGCUGGUUUAGACUCAGCACACAGCAUUCAUUCAGCUAGCGAGCGAGAGAGAGGGGAACAAAAAGGAGGGGCGAGGAGGACAGGGAGCCGAGCGCAAGAGCUGAGGCUUCGCCGCGAAACCCCAGACCUCGCGCCGCCCCUUCCCCUCCGCGGCGUCGUCCUCGCACGCUCUCCGAUCCAAGAUGUAUAAGCUGGGGAGAGGAAACCGCGACAAGGUGCAGCAGUUCAUGACCAUUACCGGCGCCAGUGAGAAGGUUGCCCUUCAGGCACUGAAAGCUAGUGAUUGGCACUUGGAAGGAGCUUUUGACUUCUUCUAUAGCCAACCUCAGGUUUCUGUGGUCAAUACUCGGCAUCUUGAAGAUAUUUUCAACAGAUAUAAAGAACCUGAUGCUGAUAUGAUAAUGGUGGAAGGAAUAUCUCAAUUUUGCAAUGAUCUGCAGCUUGUCAUAUCAUGGCACAUGAAAGCCGCCACAAUGUGUGAAUUUACUCGUCAGGAAUUCAUUGGUGGACUGCAAUCAAUUGGGGUAGAUUCAAUCGAGAAGUUUCGUGGAAAAUUACCAUCAUUACGAGCUGAGCUAAAAGAUGACAAUAAAUUCCGUGAUAUAUACAACUUUGCAUUCACUUGGGCAAGGGAAAAGGGUCAAAAGUCUCUCUCACUGGAGACUGCUAUUGGAAUGUGGCAGUUGCUAUUUGCUGAAAGGAACUGGCCUCUUCUGGAUCAUUGGUGUCAGUUUUUACAGGUCAGACACAAUAAAGCCAUAUCUAGAGACACAUGGUCCCAGCUGCUGGAAUUUGUGAAGACGACCGAUCCACAGUUAUCCAACUACGACGACGAAGGUGCCUGGCCCUACCUCAUAGACGAAUUUGUGGAAUAUCUGACUGAGAACGGACUCGUCCAGCGUAAAAGAUGAACAACGGGGAGAUGCAUCUCCAAACAAUGGUUGGGCUGUACAAACAUGAUUUAUCUCGGUCAGCUCGACGCCCAGGGCCUGAUAUUGGCACUCCUGCUCAAUUCAUUCACCAAACUGUUGGCAUAUCAUUGAAUUUGCUUAUAAACGUGGGGAAACAUAACUUGCCUGGGAAGUGGUGGCUGUCAGCCUGCGAUCGUGAACUGUAACUUAUCGAAAAUGCAACGGAGUUUGGGACUCUACUAUAUGAUUUGUUUCAGUUUUUCUUA